AACAAACAUCCCGUCCAUUGCACUCCUUCACCUACACCACGGGUCAAGAGACUGGUAAAUUAAAUAAAAAGGGUCGCGACAACUUUCAAAAAGUGGUGUGGUGACGUAGUGCUUCAAAUUGCUCACUUGUCAAGCUCUUACAGGUAAUCUUUAAGAUUAAGGUUGUGUUUCGGUGACGCCUUUGAGUCGGUGAUUCCACGGAGUUAGGAAUGGAGGACGACGGUUCCAGCUCGAUCCGCCGCAUGUCAAGCCGAACGCGAAAAGUUGCGUCCAAAAUGGCCGCUGCACUUGCCAGCGCCGACAACCGCACUCAGGCGGCACUUGCGCGCUUGGAUGCUUUGGAGAAUGACAAUGCGGGUUUUGAAAUCGCAGAUGCCAAUAACGAUGAUGAUGAAGCUUCUCUCGACGAGGAAGAUCAAUAUUAUAUACAGAAAAAGCAGUCUAAAGGCACAAAAAGAAAGACCAGACAGGCAAAAGCACUUGAAGCUAGGAGGGCCCCGAGAACAUUCCUUGAGCUCUUGCAUGAGGCUAACUUAGAAUCAUUGCCACAUCACGUGCCCUCCUAUUGGAAAGCCGCAGUUGGACCUCCAAGCACAACCUCCCGUCGCCACUUCUGUACUGUUUGUGGUUUUUCUGCUAAUUACACUUGUGUGAGAUGUGGUAUGCGCUUUUGUUCCUAUAGAUGUCAAAAUGUGCACAAUGAUACUCGUUGCUUGAAAUUUGUAGCCUAAUUCAUGUCUCACAAAAAUGUGCACAAGAACAUUAUUGGACACACUAUUGUAACUUGUUAUAUAUCAGUGUUCACCA